AUGGAGGGAGAUAGAGAUGGCGUCGAGAGACUAGUCGAAGGCACUAGGCUGGUGCUCAACAGGUUGGUCCCGGAGAGACUUGUACUAGGGGCGUUCGUCAUUGUUGACAGUGACGUAAGACUGGUCAAGGUUCCGCCGAUGGAUGUGCUUGGCACGAUCGCACUUGAAGCUGAGACUACAGGCGACGAAAGACUCGUCGAAGGUGGAGAUAACGAGGUUGAGGUCACCGAUAGCGAGAGGCUCGGCGAUGAUGCUGGUACUGUGACACUGGUAAUUGUAUUUGAUAGUGAAGUCGAUAGACUGGAUGUCGCGAGGCUGAUUGAGCUCCCAGAUGUGCUACUGAUCGCAAUGCUAAUGCUUGAACUAGGCACUGAGAUAGAGGGACUUCUGCUGAACGAACCAGCCGAAGCACCCGAGGCUGUGGAAAGCACGGAGAGCGAGCUCAUCCCGAAGGUCGUGCUUGGAAUAUUGAUACUGCUCGGUGAACUUGACGUGCUUGGAAAUGACAUGGGUAGAGAUGUGGAUCCCAAGGAGGCUGUCGUCAAUGUAAUUUGGCCACUCGACGGAAUGCUUAUGGUUGAGCUUGCCAUCGAGACUGAUGAUGGCGUCAAAGUACCAGAGACUGUACUCAAGCUCACACUCUGCGAAGUCGUGACGGGGCUGCGCAGCGAUGUGCUGAGGUAUGUAUUUGGAGUCGAGACCGAAGGCGAGACAGGAGCCAGGGUGGUUGUUGGGCCAGAUGUCGUGGAGCUGACUGUCAGGGAUGCCAAGCUGACGUUGGAAGACAUUGUUGGCGUGCUAUACAUUGGCACAAGUGAUGUUGAGGCAGAAUAA